AUGGUUGCCCCGGCUAGGAAUUCAGACCAUCUGAGGUCAAAGGGAAAUGAUCUUUACUCCAAAGGGGAGUACGAGACUGCGGUUCUGUAUUAUAAGAAUGCCUCUUUGGCAGAACCUUCGAACCCAGUGCAUCUUGCCAAUAUGUCCAUGGCGCUACUCAAGCUGGAACGCUGGGAAGAUGCGCUAAGUGCAUGUGAUAGAGCCCUAGAGAUCAUGAAGAAGGGGCCGGUGACAGACGACAAAAUACUACAGAAAGUUCAAUGGAGGAAGAAGUUAGCACAUGAACACCUUGCUGGGACAGAGAGGGAUAUUAAAAGUACUGCCCAGAAUGUGGAAGCACGGUACUGUGCUAUUCCGAUAGAGGAAUUUGAUGAUCUACCGACAGAACUUCAAGAGCUCUAG